UCUCCCUACAGCUGUAGUGUACAAGAAGGUGUGGGCUACAAGGCAGAACUUUGAAAAUGUGCUCUUAGGCAAGCCCAAGAUUCUCCAUUUUUCAGGCCAUGGAGAGAAAGAUAAGGGAAAUGGAGACAAUGACUUCCUGAUUAUUGAGAAAGAAGAUUUGAGGAAUGAAAACAUUACUGGUAAAAUGAUCAGAGAGAUGUUUUCAAAGAAUAAAGAAGAAGAGGAAAAGAUCAGACUGGCUGUUGUAUUGUCCUGACACUCUCAAAAAGUAGGAGAAAUCUUUGCAAACGCAGGAGUCAAUCAUGUUGUUUGAAUUAAAAGAGAAUGAGAAGUUGCAGAUCAAGCUUGAUUGACAUUCGCUAAAGCUUUUUAUUACUACUUACUCUAUGGAGAAGAAUGUUCUGUCUGUUCAGCUUUUGAGCAAGGAAAGAAAGCAGUUUUACACAAAUUUAAAGGAGCUGAAGCGAAUAAAUUCCUCUGACUCUGAGAUCACCAAAAUAAGGUAGCCAAUUGUGGAACUUUCUUCCAAUUAGAUAAAGGAGAGUCAAAGAAUAAAAGUAUCAAAACAAAAAUUGAAGCAUUACCCGAUAGAGGAAGAAAACUCAUAGGAAGAGAGAAGGAAAUUGUCAAAAUUAUCCAACAGUUUGAGAAUCACAGAUGAGUCUGGCUUACUGGUGACGAAGGGAUCGGAAAAUCAUCUAUUGCCAAAGAGGUCUCCCACUUAAUAUUUGAUAGAAAUUAUUGCAGAGAUGGAGUUCUGUACCUUUCUUUGAAGGAAAUUGAGGUCUUUGAGGAUUUUAUUGAUAUUUUGUUCAAAACUAUGAAGCAUUCUCUCAGAAGUAUUAAAAAGAGAAAUGAACUUCAGUCUUUUGUAAACUGAGAUCCCGAAGAACUCUAUCAUUCUUGUAUGUAUAACAUCAAAGACUUUGAAAUUUUGAUAGUACUCGAUAACUGAGAUGCUUUCAUGGCUAAAGAUGAAUUCAAAAAUAUGAUCACAGAUCUUUCUAAAAAGAUUCAAAACUCCAAAAUGAUACUUACUUCUAAGAUCAAAGAAAACAUUAUUGAUGGACAAGAUGGAAGACCUGUAAUAUUCGACGCAAAAGAGAUAAAAAUCAAUGAACUAUCUGCAAUUUCAAUCUUCAGCCUGAUUCAACCUGCAAAGAAGAACAUUCUAACAUUCAAUAAGGAAUUUAAAGAACUCUGCAUAUCUACUGGUCAUGUAAAUGAGAAAAACAAGUGAUUAGACUUUCUGAAGCAUGAACUUAUAACUCUUCUAAAAGGGAAUCCUCUUUGAGCCCUCCUAGUGUCAUCAAAUGCUGACGAUAAAACCUUAUCUGAGAUUUAUAAGAAAGUGAAGGAUUAUGAGAAGAAAAAGAAGAAUAUUACUUUAGGACUAGCCUUACAGAUCUCAUUAGAAUUCAUCCAAGAGCGAAGUCCAGAGAUCCUAAAGUGUCUAAAUCAUCUAUCAUUAUGUCCAGAUGGCCUGAGCUUUGAUAACUUAUUGAAUAUUUCCAAAGAAUGGAACAAAAAUUGGAUCCAAAUCCUGAAAGAUAAAUCGAUCAUCAUUGAAAAGAAAAUAUAUAAAGAAGAUUAUAUUCUAAAAAAGAAAGAUAACAAAGAUAGGAAGACAAGGAAGCCUAAAUUAAUAAAAACCCAUUCGAUAGAUGAUGAUGUCUAUGAUGUAGUUUACAGGAUCGAACCUUGGAGAAGAGAACUAAUAGAAGAGAACUUAAGUGACAAAGGCAAAGCGAAAUUAGAUGAGAAAAUUGUAGAGUUUAUGAUUAACCAUAUGGAAGAACUCCUCAAAGCACCGAAGGAAUUGGCUGGGUUACUAGAGAUUUAUGAAGAAAAUUGAUGGGCAAUUUUAGAUAGAUUAAGAGAGAAAGCUUCAAAAUCUAAUAAUAUUUCAUUCCUCAGCACCUCUAUUCCUAAAGAUUUUGGAAAGGUCAAAGGAAAAGAGUAUCGGAGGCAAAUGUCUAAGCUUGGCGGGAAGGCAGCAGAAGCUAAGAAGCAACCAAAAGUUAGAAAAAGUAUUACAAACAGAUUUGGGAUGCAAAAAUUUAGACUCAAGAAGAAACCUACUCUUGCAGAGUUAUGCUUCACUGGACAAUUUGAAGAAAGAAAAAAAGAUACUAAGAAUAUUUACAAUACUUUAACUAAAAACCCAAAUCAGUCACAAGGAUUCCGCGGAAACCUUUCUUCUUCAAGAUUAAAUGACUCAAGCUUUAAGAAUAAGGAAUUCGUUAAGAAAAUAACAGGGUUAAAAAUGGAUAAAAUCGAUGAAGAAAAUCCAAGUAAGCCUGAGGUUGGUGAAAAUUUAAUCCAAGGACCAAGAGAUACACUCCAAGUCAAUAAGAAGGUUGAAGAUGCACACUAUAUUGAAUCAGCAAGUGAAAAUAUUGGGACUUCAUCAGGCCAAUCUGAUGAUUUAAGUGGCAAGGAAGGGGAAGUCUUUGAUCAAAGCUCUGCUAAAGAAGAGAAUAAAGUAACAGAUGAUGGCUUUAGCCUCAAAUUUGAAGGAGGCAGUGAGGAUUCUGAGCCAUUCUCGGAUGAAGAAGGAGAAGAAUUUAGCUCAGAUGGAAGAGAUGAAAAUUAUGUUAUCAGCUCUAAUAAAAUAAUCAAAGUAAAUCCAGAUGAUGAAUCCAAGAAAAGUGAAGGAAAUGAUGAAGCCAUUCCAACAAAAGGAGAAGUUGAGAAAAGACUAAGUACUAAAAAUUUAGGAUCUGAUCAUGCCUCUUCUGACUCUAAAGGAGCAGAUAAGUGGAUCAAUGUGAGAAUAGAUGCUCAAAGACAAAGAGCAGCAGGAAAUAUUGCAAUUCUUGCUCUUGAUUCUGAGCAAGAACCUGGAUCUAAGAAAAGUAAUAGUACUCUAAAAACUGAUUCUGAUAUGAAAUCACGAGAAGAAAAGAAAUUAAAGAGUAAUAAUGAAUGAAAUCUAUUACUUACAGAAAGCAAGACUCCUGUUGAGAGAUCCAACACUAAGCAAUAUAAAUACAAGAACUCUUUUAAUGAUCUUCCCAAGCUUUUAAAGAGUAAAGAUAUAGCACUUCAUGAUAAAUUCGUUCUCCUAUUUGCAACUCUUCUCUUGAAGUCUGAGCGAUUUAAUGAUUCUUUCGAUGUUUGCAAUAUUUAUGGAAGAAAGUGACUUCAUGAAAGUGAAUUAACAAGAGCAAAUCUUUAUAAACUCUUGGCUCUAACGACACUCGAAAAAGGAAAUGAAGGAUCUGCUAACAAAGCAUUAAAGCACUGUGAAAAGGCUAUUAAAAAAUUCAAGAAUAUAAAAUGCCUUGAAGGAAAAGCCUCAUGCUUAUUCAUCAAAAUAUUAACCCUGCAGCUUGUCAAAUAUGAAAACAAUUCAGAAGGAUCAGAAGAUGGAGAAAGCUCAGAUUCUAAUGAGAACAGAAAAUUUUCAAAAAUUAUGAAAUUAAUCAGCGAAGUAGAGAAGAUAUUACCAAAUAUUAAAAGUCCAUUUGAUGAAGAUCAGAUAAGUCAACUCAUGGAUGUUCUAUACAAAUCUGAAAAAGAGAAAACACCGUAUGACAUUACCUCCAUUCAGAACCUCCAAGAUUUUCUUCAGACUCCUACUCUAAGUUACCUAUUUCAAGAAGAAGACAAGAAGUUUGAAAAGGUCGUCAAGAAGGUCAAGCCUGUGCCUGAAUUAUCCAAAUUGGAGGAAAAAAUCGACUCAUUGGUCAAUAAUCAAGGGGCUCAGUUCAACACUGUUUUAGAGAAUCUCAAUAAAGCCCUAGAGAGGCUUGAUAAAGUCGAAGAUAUUAUUAUUAAAGAGAAUAAAUCUACUAUUUCUAGUGGCACUACAUUUAAAGUAGAGCAUGACACCAAAUGUCUCACCGAAGCUAUGGAGAUUAAGGACAACAUUAAAAACCAAGAUAAAUAUCAUGCUAAUGUAGAAGAAGGUAAACUUGUAAGAACCUUUGAACAUCCGAUGAAGAAAGCAAAUUCUGGUCCAUAUAAAAAGCCUAACCUUAAGAAAGAUGAGAGGAAAAUCGAUUCUACUUCUGAAAAUUAUAGCUCCCUAAACGAUAAAUCUUCUCGAAAUCCUAUCAAGGGGCUUACUAGUGAUAAAGGAAAAAUGUUCAUGGCCAAUAAAAAAUUUGGAACAGAAGAGCAGAAAAGUGCAACCACAUGGAGGGAUACUGAAAACACUCUAACAACAAAUGCUAAUUUCAAAAUCCAUAAAAGCAUGACCAAGCCCUUGGAAAAACGUACCAAGAGAGUGUUAAGAGUGUCUUGAGAACAUUCACCUUCAGAUCCUUGGCCACAAAAUUUUGAUUCUCAUAGAGCAUCUUCUUUGAGGAGAAAUCAGAGAAGGAAUUCUCAAGAGAAGCAACCGACAUUUUCUUCUAUAUCAGGUCAUUCGUCAAAUUAUAAUUCUCUCAGAAAAGGAGGAACUCAAAGAAUAGACUUUUACCAACUAGGGUCUCCUGCUGAAAGAGUACAAUCUAUCAGAUCUGGGUACUAUUCAAGACCAUCAUUUAGCUACACCCAAAACUAUGAUUCAAAAUACGAGUCAAAGUAUACCUGCCCAACAUUCAUGAAUUACAACAGAAAUGGAUUAAGUAGAUAUUACGGACCAUAAUCUCACUUAACCUUUUCAACCA